AUGCAGCCCACGUCCCCUCCUCCGCACACGCCGGGCCUGCAGCGCCCCUCGCUCGAUGGCUACGACUCGGACGGCUCGCAGCAGACGCGGCAGCAGACGCGCCCCUCGCCCAUGCAUCCGCGCCCGCUCCAGUCGCCCACCUCCAUGUCGACGCCGACGACGACGACGACUUCGACUUCGACCUCGACAUCGACCUCGACCUCAACCUCAACCUCGACCUCAACCUCGACCUCGACCUCGACCUCGACCCCGACCCCGACCCCGACCCCGACCCCGACGCUGGCCGGCAGCAGCACGCCCGCGCCCAACUACUCGCGCCCCGCCGUGCUCCAUGCCACGCAGAGCCAGACGGCGCUCGUCGACCGCGCCCACCUCGGCCACCGCCCGCGCCAGCGCUCCCAGGGCUACUUCGAGCCCAGCCUGUCGUCGAUGCGCAGCGAGGGCCUCAUGUCGCCGCCGCCCCACCACCUGACCGCGAGCCACAUGGCCGCCCAGGCCGCCUACCAGCAGAGCGCCCAGCACAUGCGCAAGCGCUCCACCACCGUCCCCGCCCCCGUCGACAGCAGCGCCGCCCCUCCCGCCACCGGCAUGCGCCCCCAGCCCAUGAGCCCGCCGCCCAUGCCGAGCAAGCCGUCGAUGACGUUCCGCACCAACGGCAUGACCUACCAGCAGGGUCUCGUCGCCAACCGCUCCGCCGCCGCCUCCGCCGCCAACGCCGUCUUCCCCACCAGUCCGCUGACCUCGCCUGGCUUCGACCACACCCACCCACAGGGCCCCUCCAAUACCGCCCCCGCCCCCGCCCCCGAGCUGGUGCUGCAGAAGGCGCCCAAGGAGAAGAGCAAGAUGAAGCUCUUCUCCUCGUCCAAGCCGAAGAAGGGCGACGUCGACAAGCCCGCCGACAAGCCCGCCGACAAGAAGCACCCGACCCUGCCCUCGCCCGGCAAGAUGGGCAUCGGCAUCCACAGCUCCCAGGCCCUCAACCGCAUCAUGAACCAGUCGACGACGAGCCUGCUCGACUCGGGCCCCAGCAGCAGCAACGCCUCCCUGUACUCGUCCGCCAAUGCCUCCCUGUACUCGUCCGCCAACGCCUCCCUGUACUCGUCCGCCAACGCCUCCACCUCCACGCUCGUGCCCAAGAACGACCCCUAUGCGCCGCAGGACAAGGACAAGGACAAGGACAAGGAGAGGCACAAGCACCACUUCUUGUCGCGCACAAAGCACAAGCUGAAAGACAAGGACGACCACGCCCUGCCCCUGUCCUCGGCGAGCAGCACGUCCCGACCCACCAACCCCAACGCCCCCGACUCGCUGUACUCCUUUGCGCCCUCCUCGCCCCUGCCCGGCAGCUCGUUCCCAAGUUCCGUCACAGGGCUCGACCUCCGACACGGCGGCCGCGGACUGCGCGAGGCGAAGAAGCAGGCAAAGAACACCACCUACCUCGGAGACAGCCUCGACGCCACCUACCGCGAGCGCAACCCCUCCUUCAGCACCGAGCGCUCCGAGUGGCCUUCGCUGGCCACCAGUCUCAGCAACACGCCCGGCAUCCCAACACCCGGCACUGCCCUCCCCCACACAACCGAGAUGCUCAACCUGGGGUCCUCCUUCGGCCUCAGCGGCCUCUCGCCAGACGACGCAUGGCCACUGCUGAAAGCGCGCGUCCUCCUCAUCUUCGAGGGCGAAGACCCCCGCCCUCCCGUCGAAGACUUCAACGCCCUCGUCACCGUCCACAUCAAGCGCUGCAUCCACAAGCGCUCUCCCAUCCUGCUCAUCGAGGACCUGAACGAGCUGCUCUACACCGGCUUCGCCUCGCUCGACCAAACCCUCCGCCACAUCCCCGACGAGCGCCUGAUCCCACAUCUGGUCGAGAUGUGGCUUGUCGUCUUUACCACCAUCCUGCCCUUCCUCCAGGCCGUCUUCCUGCCGUUGGACCUCGAGUUCAGAGGCACAGGCAUCAUGAGCAGCCUCCAGGCCAGCGAGUUCUGGGGCGUCAUGUUGCCGGACGAGAUGAACACGAAGAGCCCCACGCGCAAAAACAUACCCAUCCUGGGCGAGCUCGAGGUCCGCCGCAUCACGCUGCUCAUGUUCCGCGAUAUCGUCAUCCUGCCGCGCUACGACUGCCUGAUGGCCAUCUUCUCCCGCCUGUCUCUCGAAAACCUGAACGCCGGCCUGGAGUCGCCAAGCCCCAUCCCGGACGCACGCCCAGGCACAGCAUCCAGCGCCUCGGAGGCACUGACAGGCACGCUCGGCAGCCUGAGCACAAACGCCACCUCGCACCCCUCCGCCGGCUACCUCGAAAGCACAUCCUCCUCCCUCCCGCCCUCCGGCCGCAGCCGCGCAACCAGCAACACCUCCGCCGGCUCCUUCAGCUCCAACCCACACUCGCACCCCUCGACCCUGCAUCCGCCCCCGACCUCGCUCCCCCCCUCGCUGCGCCAGCAGCCCAUGGACAGCGCCAAAGUCACCGAGACGGUCGGCCGCAUGCUGCAGUGCGUCAGCGUGCUCGUCUCGCUGCAGAGCGCAGACGAAUCCCAGGACAAAAUGUCCCGCAUGAGCAAGGAGCUCAAGUACAACUGGCUGGGCCGCGGCCGCACGGGCCGGCAGCGCCAGGGCUUCGUGGGCCCGCGCCGAGGCGGCGGACUGCCGCUCGGCGCGCUGAGUCUGAAUCUGCCGGAGGAGGUCGAGGCCGGCGCGUAG